GUCACCAACUCAGCAACACCUGGUACAAAGCCUUCCUGGUUCCACUUCUGUUUUCCUUCUCCUCCCCUCCCUUUUUUGCCCAUAAAAUACAACUUAGAACGAGUUUGGCGACAGCAGCAUUCAGUUUCUCUGUAUACAAAGGAGUUUCGGUCAAAGUAGCCCAGUGCGUUUAGCUGGGGACAUAGAGGAGGGAAGACAACGGACACCACAGGUGUGGCUGCAGUAGGACUGAGCAAGUGGACAGCAGGGAUCACCAACAGAUGCCCAACAGGAGAACUUAUCCAGGCAGACCAACCCAGGAGAAACCUCUGCUAGUUCCCAUAACAGCUUCUUGGGGUUGAUUGCUUGGUCAGCAGCAUGCGGACCCCGACCCCCAUGAUUGUGGGCAUUGUGCUUGGUCCCUGUGGCCUUGUCUUGAACCUGACAAGCACGCUGGCACCCAGCUGGAGGGAUGUGACUGGAUUCCUUGACAAGCCAAUAGAUGUGAUUCAGCACCAGGGCAUCUGGGAUAUUUGCAACGAGCGCCAGAGCACCCACACAACUGAUUGCAACAUUCCAGACACCCUUGAUUACUUUACCAAGCUGCCUGUGCAAGUGGCCAGAGGGCUCAUGCCCUCUUCUCUCGCAGUCACAGUGUUGGGGCUGGUUGUGGCUUCCUUGGGUGUGCGAUGUUGGCAGGACCUGCCCCACUACCUGCUUGCGGGGCUAGGUGGCCUGGUGCUCUUUGUUUCUGGCUUGCUAAGUUUGAUUGCAGUUUCAUGGUACAAUUAUGAAUUGUAUGACUUACCUUCUCCUUCUUCCACUACCGUGCACGUAGCCUAUUGCUUGGUUCUUGGAUACUUAGGGAGUUGCCUGGAAAUUAUUGGAGGCAUCUCACUUACUUUUAGCUUUGGCCAAUGCUGCAAAGAGUGUAGACCAAAGAAAGGCACCAUGAAUUCCAGGUAUGCAACCAACAACCAGCAGAGUCCCUCAAAUGUUGGCACCAUCUCCGCCUCCAUCAACAGCAGAGAGAUCCACAGGCAAUCUCAGAAUCCUAUGCCCAGAUCCUACAGCAAUUCUCUGGAUGUACUGGAAGGGGAACGGACCUGGAGUCAGAGCAGGAGCAAACUUCCCUGUGACACAGAUGUAUAGCCCUAAACUUAUGAAUUCUCACAAAGCCAAACAAGGAGGAAGACUCUUGGUGUUACGCUGUGAAAUGCCCAGCCAGGAAUGUCCCCUUACCAAUUUAACGUUUUUCCUUCCCUCUUGACCAAUGAACACAUCAAAGAGACUCUGGAGCGAUACAUGAUUUAUGCAUUUUCUCAGGAUGCUGGUAUAUUGCUUAGGCAACAUAUAUUAUUAUCACAGCACACUGGAAAAGUAUAAAUGGAAUGAGCCAUACCCUUGACCGGGUCUGUAUUGCUAGCAAUUUGGAGAUGAAGUGGGCUGAGGACACACUGAAGUGAACCAUCUGGUCAGUAAGUAAUAGCAGGAGUCAAAAAUAAGUAUUCUAAGAUAUUGUAAAAGAUCUAAAUAUAACUUUAAGCCGCAAGCAAGACACUGAACUGAGCAGAAGCCUCAUUAGGCUGCAAAAACUUACUGCUGAGUAGCCAUGCAUAGGAUUGCCUUGCUGAGUAUUAAGAACUGUUUUUACAGUGGCGCAGCUUAGAGCUGUUAAGACUUUGCUUUUCCACUGUCAGCUGAAAAGCUGAAGGGAGACUUAACAGAGAUUCCACACAACUUUUAAUACAAGGCUAUAACGCUCUUCAUUAAUUAUUCCUCCAUGUGUUUAGGCACAGAUGGAAAGCUGCAGGGGGAACAUAUGCACAUUUCUUUGAAUGUGUGUACAUUCAUGUGGAGAAGCAGGAAUCAGUUGCACAGAGAAGUCUAUAUAUGUACAUGUCCCUGAAUGCAGAUCAGUUGCUCUUAAGACUUUCUGCUAAGGCUGUGCCAAAAUAUGCCUUGCAAUUUCUCAAAAGUGUUUUUUUUCCACCCAGAGAGGUUUCUGUUUUUCUCAUAUUUAUAAGGUACUUGAAAGGUUCCUUCACAUUUUUCUUGACGGUGUAUAGAGCCUGCUCUAUUGUCAGGCAAAGGGUGUGAGUGCCAAUAGAGUUUCUGGGAUCUCUCUAUUUCUCUGAAGUCUCCAUGCCACUCCAGCCUUCCCAGUGGAAAAAAGCCCAAGGGAGUGGCUCCUUCAUAAUGUUUUAUUCUGGGAUUCAGUGACUGAAGUGUGAGAGCCAGCAGUGUGCAGACUGCUCCUGAGAGGACCGUAUAGUGAAAGACAGGACAGUAGCACGUUCCUUGGCCACCUCUUUACUAAAGAAGUGCAAGGACAUCCCAUUCCACCUUUGAGGAUUUCACCAACCAUCUCUUCUCCUUUUCAACAACAUUUGGAAAACAAUUUCUCUUACC